UGUUCGUUUUCUUUUUACUCCAUCACAUUUUUCAGUCAUGGUCAAGGCCAAAGCUAAUGCCAAGCAGAAGGCCAUCACCUCCUUCUUUGGUGGGAAGAAGGAGCCAAAGGAAUCCGUCGAUGAAAUUGUCGCAGAGGAGACAUCAUCUGAUGAUGAGGGAAAACCUCAAGCCGUUGUAAAGAAAGCACUUGGAAAGAAGAUUAAGAAGCAGAAAGUCAAGGACGAUGAAGAAGAAGCAUCUGAUGAUGAUGUUCCUGCUCAAUCUUCAAAGACAGACGGCAAAAUCGAAUCAUCCACUUUACCACCCAUCUAUGAAACUCCCGCCAUGUUCCGCGACCUGGUGUCUCGCCUUCCAGGAAUCAAAGGUGUCGCUGAGCAUAUCAAAGGUCGAAAACUGCGCGUAGCUACAAUGUGUUCUGGCACAGAAUCACCUCUACUUGCUCUCGAUCUCAUUGGCCAGGUUAUGCUUGAACAGUAUGGCGUUCCUCUUGAAUUUGAGCACGUAUUCUCUUGUGAGAUCGAGCCAUUCAAGCAGGCAUAUAUCGAACGCAAUUUCCAACCGCCGCUACUGUUUAGAGAUGUAUGCGAACUGGGAGAAUCUCAAGCAACGACGGCCUAUGGCGCAUUGGCCACUGUUCCUGGAGAUGCCGAUCUCCUCGUUGCAGGUACAUCAUGCGUUGACUACUCUAACCUCAAUAAUGAGAAGAAGACAAUCGAUGGUGGAGGCGAAUCUGGUCGCACUUUUCAUGGCAUGAUGUCGUGGGUCACAAAUCACCGACCUCCAUUAGUCAUCCUGGAAAAUGUUUGUUCAGCGCCGUGGGACAGGGUAAAAGAGUAUUUCGAGAAGCAGGGGUACAGUGCGGAACACAUCAAGGUGGAUACGAAACAGUACUAUAUCCCGCAUACCCGGAUGCGGAAGUAUCUGUUGGCUAUUGACAAGAGAGGGUCAGGCAUACCCGCAAGAUGGAAGGACCUAGUGAUGAACAAGUUGAAGCGGCCCGCUUCGUCGACACUUGACGCGUUCCUUCUUCCAUCUGACGAUUCUCGCAUUCAUCAAGCAAGACAAUUACUUGUUCAAGAUGGCAGUGGCCCAGAACCUCGAGCCGGUCGCACUGACUGGACUAGAUGCGAGUCGCGCCACGCACGUGCUAGGUUAGAUGAGAAGUUGGGGCAGAAACGACCGUUAACGAGUUGGGAAGAAGGCGGUACUUGCAGACUACCUGAUUUUGCAUGGCAAGAUUGGGGAAUACGACAGGUAGAACGAGUCUGGGACCUAAUGGAUAUCAGUCUACUUCGAUCCGCAAAAAUUGGUGUUGACCCAUCAUACAAGACUCUCGUGUGGAACCUUUCGCAAAAUGUCGAUCGCUCAACCGGAUCGAGCAAGACCGGUAUCUGCCCUUGUCUAACCCCGUCCAUGAUUCCAUACAUCACCAAUCGCGGUGGGCCCAUGGUUGGUGUUGAGGCACUGGCCAUGCAGGGGCUUCCCAUUGAUAAAUUGCUUCUGACGAGGGAAAGCCAAGACGAAUUGGCCGACCUUGCGGGAAAUGCUAUGUCAUCUACCGUUGUUGGUGCAUGCAUACUCUCGGCUUUAGUCGCUGGUCAGAAGUUACUCAAGGCCGGUAACGACACGGAGACGUACGAGAUGAAGAAGGAUAUCGGUCACAAGAACAACGACCAUGCUAUGGAUGUUGACGUUAGCCUAUCUACCGCCGGUGGUCUUGAAGAACGCAUCAAAGGACACGAGGACCUUGUGGAGAGACCGUUAGAUUUGGCUGCCACGCAGACGGACUCCAUUGCUCGUAUUUUGGAGGAUGCACAGAAGAGUGUCCGUCUUUGUCAAUGCGAGGGCCGCAAGGACAUCACGACGCGUGACCUCCUGCGUUGCGUAGAUUGCGACUCGUCAUCUUGCAAGAAAUGCGCAGGCCGUCCUGAGCACAGUUUCGCGCCUCUUGAUAUUACGCAGUUGCCACGUCUUAGUCCUUCAGCAUUCGUGCGGGGGCUGAAGUCCACUCUGCCUAUGUGCAUCUCUCUUACCGGUGUCGAUAAGAAGCUUCUUGACAGUCUUAGAGAAACUUCAGGCGUCACAAUCCCGGAAAAACGCUGGAACAGCUGGUCCUCCGCUGUGUUGAGGGCGACUAACUCAGAGCUCCGCUUUGUCGAACCUAAGCGCCAGGAGAUUUGGUCUGCUGUCUAUCAAUCACCUCACGCUAUUUUCGAAUUAUACCUCGAGCCGAGACAGACCGAGUGGCGCCUUUACGCGAAGCCAAAUGACAAUGAGCCUGCGAAUGCAGAUAUCCGUCGCUUACUUCAGAUGCCCGUCGCGAGAUUCAGAUGCAAAAAGGAUCUUCUGCAGGGAUCUUGGCAGUUUGCUCUUCCUGUUGCACGUGAGGUCACAAUUACUAUCGAGGGCAGUGGAGGCACGGUUCCUUCCUGGGAAGCUCGUCUUGGCUUACUAGAUGACGAGUUCAAGGACAAGGAGGUGCACUCACAGCUUCAUAUCACCAUCCCCGAAUCUCAAAUAUCUCAUUUUGAUCGUGAUAUUUCCGGAGUGUAUGUUCUCCUCGACAAGUGUGGGACAGCCAACGGUGCUUUACACAAAAAGCUGCCUAGUAACGAUGAUGCCUCUUUGCCGCCACUUUUCAUGAUGCUGGAUCCCACAAGAUGCGGAAGUCCUGCGGAAGAUCCAUUCGUCUUUACCACGAGCAUGCGGCGAUAUGAUUUCGGAGAGUUCCGCCCCAUAAUUUGCAAGCUCGACCCUUCAUGGAGGCAGUCGGAUGUUCAGGGGGAACAGCGCGUCAAAUGUCAUGUCCCUCUUCACUGGAUGGACUCGGAGUCGGUCAAAGUUCAACCCCUCGAGCUUGGCAAUGCAUCUUUUGCUGUGCCUAGAGGCACCCUUGAGGCCAGCGUUACGACUGACGCAUGCGCAAGUGCCAAUGCUCUACUGACGUGCACUGUGCCUCUUCUUGAAGAUGCGGGUCCAGAGUGGCCUCGCGGCAAUUGGAGAGAAGUCGACAAGGUUCACGAGCGUGGUACUUUCAAGGCUUUGGCUUGGCUGCUGGAGCGUAUACGACAUGUGGAUGAUAAUUUCGGUCAUUGGCAGACCGUCAAAGUUCCAGAUGACUUGUUCCACUGCCAACGUUGUGCCCCCACCCCUCCCACUGUUAAGUGGACUAAGAAUGGCAAGAAAGUAGCUGCUAUUGAAGACAGCCAGGAGGCCGGGCAGUAUGAAAGGGAUCUCAAGCUUCGUCCGAGUCCUUUCGUCACGCAGUUGAAGAUGGAUAACCAAGUCGGUAUGGUGAAAGUGGGGCUCAAUAUUGCUUCUAUCCUGCACAGGGCUCUAUCACGACUCCCUACUGCGAAUCGCCCUGAGCAACCGGUGCUCAGUUGGCGAUUAGAUACUGACUUCGCUUCUUCUAUAAAGAUCCAAAACCCUCCUUUCAAACUCCUCAGUAAUAAAUCCGAUUCAGAGCAUUCGCAGCCUCCAAACUUUGAUGUGGACAAACUUCCUUUGCGUCCUGAACAGCUCCGUUCCCUCACUUGGAUGAUCGCUCGAGAAACGGAAAACUCCGAACCCUUCGUUGAGGAAGAGAUAUCGGAGGCCAUACUGGAGCCUCUGGGGUGGCGAGCAGAAGGUCGGGCACAGCGGCCUGUGCAUAUUCGAGGUGGUGUUUUGGCAGACCAAGUCGGUUAUGGGAAGACAGCAAUCACUCUGGGGCUUAUCGACUGUACAGCGAAGAGCGUAAAGAAGGAGUUCCAGGAGAAAGGCGAUAUCAUUGGCAAGGUUCCUGUUCAAGCUACACUAGUCAUCGUUCCUCCCCAUCUCACAAGACAAUGGCGCUCAGAAGCACAGAAAUUUGCGCGCAACCGAUUCAAGAACAUUGUGGAGAUUUCCACCGCCGCACAGAUCAACAAUCUCACCAUUGAAGAUAUUCAGGAUGCGGACCUAGUCAUCGUCGCCUCCAAUCUGUUCCAGAGCUCAGUAUAUCUUGCCAACUUGGAAUCCUUCGCUGCUGGAGGCUCCCUACCUACUCAAGAUGGGCGUUACUUCAAUGUACGCAUCGACAUCACGCUGCAAGCCCUACGGGAUCAAGUUGAACGGCUGAAAACCGAAGGUUCCGCGAGCGUCAUGGCAAAUAUCCGAGAUGUUCGAAAACGCGAGGAAGAGUUGGAGGCGCAACUAUUUGUUGCACCAAAGCGUCUCAAGGGGAAGGCCUACCAGGAAGCUGUAAGCAAAGAGAAGUCUUCUCUUGUCAAGGUCGAUGUCAGCGAUUCUUCGUCGGAGAGAGACGUUUUCCCUGCCAAACCGACCUCGUCUGGCAAAAUCUGCGAAGUUGUCAUCACAGUGCCUCGAAAGAAGACGAAACCGGUCGCCCCGGAGACUUCGGAAGGCGAGAAUUCGGACUCAUCACGCCCACGAAAGCGGCUCCGACGCAAGGCUUCCAAGAAAGUCAUAGUAAUUGAUUCAGAUGACGAAGUAGGAUGUGAUGCAGGGAGUGAUUAUGAAGACGCGGGUCCCCAGGAUGAUCAUGCAGAUGAUGAAUCCGCCGGAGACAUUUCAGACGAGGCCGACGAUGUUCCCGCCAAAAAGUCGUCGAAAACCAAACGACUUACCACCAAACCGUCACGGAAACCAUCACCCCCGCCAACCUCGUCAUCUGAAGAUGGACAUUCGGUCGGAGUUUCGUCUGACGCAGAGAUGAGCGAUGCGGAUGAUGAUGUUGGGAAGAAAGGCAGCAAGGGUAAGGGUAGGCAAUAUGGUAUCAAGGCAGCCCCGAAGAAGAAGGCAACGAAGAAGGCAGCCAAGAGCUCUGGUGAAGAUACCGACAGUAUGGACGUCGAUGACCCACCUUCAUCUCCUGUGUCUUCUAAAACCUCGAAAAAGCGCAAGACCACGGCUUCUGACGACAAACCCGCCAAAAAGCAGAAGCGGCGAGAAGAUACCGACCCAUGGAAACUCGAAACCACCGCAGUCAAGAAAGACUGGACACAAGCUCGCGCUCCACCCUUGGAAGUAUUCCAUUUCUCACGAAUUGUCGUCGACGAGUAUACCUACCUGAGCGGAAAGGUACACUCAAUGGUCACCAAACUGACUGGCGAUCGACGCUGGGUGCUAUCUGGUACCCCACCGAUUCACGAUUUCGGCUCUGUGAAGACUAUUGCUGCACAUCUGAACAUUCAUCUGGGUAUUGAUGAUAGUGGUGAGGGUAGGUCAGCGAUGAUCAAGAAACGCAUCCGUGAACAAACGAAGGUUGAAGAGUUCCAUUCAUUCCGUGAGGUACACACGCAGGAGUGGCAUGCACAUCGUCACAGUCUCGGCCAACUGUUCCUUGACAUGUUCGUGCGGCAGAAUAUCGCAGAAAUCGACGAGAUACCAUGCACAUUCAAAAUUGUCAAAGUCGUUUUGCCUGCCGCAGAACGAGCGAUCUACUUGGAACUGGAACAUCACCUUCGCGCUAUCGACAUGGUUGCCAAACGCACGAGGAAGUCAGAGAGUGACCGAGAGAAACGCCUCAACAUCGCACUUGGCGAGAGCAAGACCGCAGAGGAAGCUCUUUUGAAGCGUUGCUCUCAUUUUGACCUUGAAACCAAAGACAAGGAGAACGCCAUGAAAGCUUGUGAGAUCAUCGUCGAAGAGCGGACCGAGCAGCUGGAGGCCUGUAAGAAAGAACUGCAGAAGGAGCUCCAGAAGGCAGUCAAGAAAGAGAAAUCUAUUGGCAAACUCCCAGAAGAGAGCAUGUUCCAGGAAUACGCUCGCGUUUCCAGAGAUAAAGGCGGUGUUGGAGACCAUGAAGCUACGGAUACGAUUCGGGAUCUUCUCACAAAGGCUGAAGUCCCAGUUUUAUCUUCGACCUACUGGAAAAACAAGGCCAAAGGCGACAUGAACCUAGCGGAGAAAACGAAGGAGGCUGUCUGGGAACACCGUGAGCACACGCACAUUAUUCGCAAGCUCACGAAGGAACUCGUUGGACGCGUCCGGUCACUUCGUUAUUUCACUGUUGUGCGCGACCUGCAGAAACAAAGAGAUACGCCUCCUGUCGUCUCGUGUCCAGCAUGCGAGCGCAGCGAGAUACCCAUGGACGAAGUUGCUGUACUGUCUUCAUGCGGCCACACGGGCUGCAUGUCGUGUGUCAAGGAAGCUGCUAACCGAGAGGAAUGUGUUUACCAUCCCUCGGGUCAAUGCAAUGCUGCCGCUCGUGCUCUCAACAUCGUCAAGGGAGAAACUCUGGGAGUUGAUGACGAAGCCCGCGAUGGACGCGGCAAGCACUAUGGGAAGAAACUGGAGAUGGUUGUGGACCUUGUCAAGAACCAAAUCCCGAAAAAGGACCGUGUUCUCAUCUUCGUCCAGUUCCCUGAUCUCAUGGCAAAAGUCGCUCAUGCAUUGAAGAUGCACAAGAUCGAGUUCUUGGAAAUCAACGGCUCUGCAACCCAGAAAAGUAAGAACUUGGAACAAUUCCAGAACGACAGCAAAGAACGUGUACUUCUGUUGAACGUCAUGGACGAGAGCGCCAGCGGUGCAAACUUGACGGUUGCCAAUCAUGGAAUCUUUCUUUCCCCCCUCCUUGCUCAGAGCCAGGAGAUUUAUGACGCUUGCGAGACCCAGGCAAUUGGACGACUGAGGAGGUAUGGGCAGAUCAAGCAUGUCAGCAUUCACCGGUUCAUAACGACGGACACGAUCGACGUUGAGAUAUUCGAGGAGAGGGCCAAGGUGAAAGUCUAGGGCACGGUAAAGCAUUGCGUAUGGAAAUUGACGGAUUGGCACAACCCUAGCAUAUAGGAUACCAAGGAGAGAUAUACUUAGCAUUUAGCACAAAUAUAUAGGUCACAUCUAUGUGUACAAUAAAUCUACGUAAAUUUACGACUGAAAGGUUGAUCAAACUCAGUAUCUUCUAUCCCGUUCACGUCGAACGGACUACAAUAAGAGAUGUUUGUACGCUA